AUGUCAUCAUCAACAAUAUCAGCAAUGUUAAUGGGAGCAGCAGAUGGAGAUUUAAAUUAUUUAAAUUCAACACCUAUUGGAUCUAGUUUAUUAGAUGAUAUGGGAUUAGAUGAGGAUGAUUUUCAAUCAUCAUCAUUUGAAGUUUUUAUACCAGAAUCAUACGAUAGUAAAUUUAUGUCAGAUUAUGAAUAUAUAUCAAAGAAUGCAAAUAGGUUUAUGAAAUGUAAGAGUAGAGAAUAUGCAAUUCAAGGUGAAUUAUUAAAAUUUUUCAUCAUCGUUAGACCACCUGAUGAUUCUAAGAAAAGACAAAAACAACAACAAAUUCAACAAUUAUUACAACAAAAACAAAAACAAAUUUUAAUAAAUCAAUCAAAUACAUCAACACCACCACCACCUCAAAAAUCAAUAAUAACAAAUUCUGAUUCACCAAGAUUAAUAGUUUCUGAUACAACAAGUACUACUAAAAUUGAAGAACAACAACCUCCACCACCACCACCACAAGAAGAACAACAAGAACAAGAUAGUAUUACAGUUUUACAACCAUCUACAUCUUCAUCAUCAAAUUUAUUAUUCGAAUUACAAUUAAGAUUAGCUUCAGAUUAUGAAAAAUCAACAAAAGAAAAUCAAAAUCCACUAAAUAUUAUAGAUUAUAAUCCAAAACAUUCAUUUGUAAAUACAGAGAUGAAAAAUGAUCAUAUAUCAUCUUCAAAAUCAGCAACAUCAUAUUUAAGACAAAAUACAUUAAAUGUAAAUAAUAAUAAAAACAAUAAAAACCAAAAUAAUAAUAAUAAUAAUAAUAUAGAAAAUAGUAAUAAUACAAAUAGUAGAUUUAUAGGUGAUGUAGUUGAAGUUAGUUCACCUUUCACUUUUAAAGAUACUUCAAAUCCUUAUCAAAAACCAAACUUUUUUAGAUUAUCAAAUGGUGAUUUAGUUUUCCCAAUUGAAGUACCAAUAUAUAUUAGAGAAAUUAAUGAAGAUAAAUUAAUUACAAUGGUAAUUAAAAUUAAUAGACCAAAGAAUAAUAGAAAUAAUAUAGCAUCAUCAGAUAAUAAAUUGGAGAGAUUAAUACAGGGUGGUGCUGUUGAUAAAUCAGUGAAUUAUACAAUGAGAACAUCUACGGCGUCAUUGGGAGUUGGCGGUACCAUUCAUAAUAAUAAGGUCACCAGAACCAUAUUAAAGAAUUUCACAUUAAUUCAACCAAUGAAAGUAUUAUUACAAUCCAAUACAACCAUAGGUUGUAAGAAUUUAAUUUGUGUAUCGUUAGAGAACACUCAUCCAACUUCAAAUAUUACAAUAAAGAGUUUGGAUAUCUAUUUAUUUCAUGUGUUAAAUAUGGAGUCUACUACCAUCAUUGAUUCAGUUUCAUCGGUUUCAAGUAUACCAACACAUAGACAAAUUGGUAAUCUAGUUAAAGUUAAUGAACACUAUGUCAUUAGUAAUCUAUCCAAUCAUAGAUUACCAAUUGAAUUGGAACCUUCCAAUCAAUAUUCAAUGGUAUUAUCUGUUGAACCUUCUUCAAUUCAAAAAACUUUACAACCAACUGAAGGUUUUCAUACUAAAGUUGAAUUAUCUUGGCAUAUACCUUGUUCAAGUGGUCAAGUUUUAUCAUUAUAUGAAUUAAGAGCUCAAAAUCCACCUUUUACUACUAAUUUAAUGAUUUCAACUGAUUAUAAAUCACCAGUAAUUUUAAAUGAAAAAUUUUUAGUUAAAUUUAAUAUUUCAAAUUUAUCAAAUUCUUUAAAGAAUUUAACAAUAAAUAUACCACCAUCAAUUAUUAAACAAAAUGGUAGUAGUAGUAGUAAUAAUAAUUCAAAGUUAUCAUCAACAAAUAGUGGACAAACAUCUGAUAACCCUAUUAAUAGUAGUAAUGGUGGUCAAUCAAUAAAGAAACAAGGUUCAAAUUUAUCUUUAAAUAGACAACAAUCUUCAACUAAAUUAAAUAAUCAAAGUAAUAAUAACAAUAAUAAUAAUGCUAAUACUACGAAUCAAAAUAAUUUAAAUUCUUCACGUUAUAUACCAGUUGAAACAACUAUUCAAUUUAGUGAACUUUCAAAUAAAUCAUUAUUAUCAUAUGAAGAGAUUCAAAGAAACUCUGUCAAUUUAUUAUGUCUUGAAAAGUCGGUUCAUAUUGGUCCGGUUAAUUCAAAGAAUUCAAUCUCUGCCUCUAUAGAGUUUUUACCUUUAUCAGUUGGUAUCUUUGAAAUUCAAAAUAUAACUUUAUAUGAUAGCAUAGAACAAAUAACUUAUUCUUUAAAAGAACCUUUACAAAUUUGUUGUGUCUCCAGAGAACACAAUAAUGAAGAACAUAAUAAUAAUAAUAAAGAAAAUAAUAAUGAAAAUAAUAAAGAAAAUAUUAAUAAUAAUAAUAAUAUAAUAAAUAAUAACAAUGAUAAUAACUGUAAUGAAAAUAAUAAUAAUUGUAAUGAAAAUAAUGAAGAAAUAAAAUAG